CUUCCAGUCGCUACCGUAAGAGUCUGGGCAAGUACAGCCUGGAGAGGAAGCCCAGCCUGAGACACCGCCAGGAGUCUUUGGCUCAGUGCCGCUUUUCCCUGACUCCUCCUCGCUCGUCCCUGGCUCCCCGUGGGGCUGGAGCUCCCUGGGCGUCCCAAGUGCCUCAAUCGUCCCGGAUGCCCCAGACGCCCCUGGUUCUGGAUUCAGCGCAGAGGACGAGCUCCAGCGGGAUACAGCAGCCUGGGCUGGGAUACCGGCGGCCUACCAUCCGCUUCAGCCUCUACCCCAAGUCAUCUCGCCGCCUGUCGCAGAGGUCUGCCUCCCCUUGCUUCUCAUACAUCAGUGCCUACAACGAGCUGGCAAAGAUGGGCGACCCGGACCUGCUGGAGAUGGUGGAGGAGGAAGGCUUAAGAUCCAAAGAAAAAGAAUAUGCUUUCCAAAGUGCUGAGAACCUGGACACCAGAGAGACCAGCUUCCUCAUCUCUAGAGAGCUACAGACAUUGCCUGAGAAACGAUUCAAUUUGUUCCUGAGGAGGCGUCUUAUGUUUCAAAGAAGUGAGCAAAGCAAAGACUCAAUCUUCUUCAGAGAUGGAAUUAGGCAGAUUGACUUUGUCCUUUCCUAUGUGGAAGAUACAAAGAAAGACUCAGAGAUAAAGGCAGAGAGAAGACAGGAAUUUCACCUAAAUCUCAGGAAAACAGGUCUUGAGUUGGAAAUUGAAGACAAAAUGAACUCUGAAGAUGGAAAAACCUUUUUUGUGAAGAUCCACGCCCCGUGGGAGGUCCUAGUCACUUAUGCUGAAGUACUGGGGAUCAAGAUGCCUAUUAAGUGGAGUGACAACCAGGAGCCAAAGUACCCACCCCUGAGUUACAUGCUUGGACCUGUGAAGCUCCCAGCCACUGUGAAGUAUCCUCACCGUGACUAUAUCACGGCUCAGUUUAGCAGAUACCGUCAGGAUCUCUUCCUCAUCGAAGACCAGGCUACUUUCUUUCCAUCCUCGACGAGAAACAGAAUCGUUUACUAUAUUCUGUCACGAUGCCCUUUUGGAGUAGAAGAGGGGAAGAAAAAGAUUGGGAUCGAAAGACUGCUGAACUCCAGCACGUACUUAUCUGCCUAUCCACUCCACGAUGGCCAGUACUGGAAGCCAUCAAGAACUCCUACUCACAUCAACGAGAGGUACAUCCUUCGCCAGAACUGGGCUCGGUUUUCUUACUUUUACAAGGAGCAACCUUUAGAUUUGAUUCGGAACUAUUUUGGUGAAAAGAUUGGUAUCUAUUUUGUGUUUCUCGGGUAUUACACAGAAAUGCUGUUGGUCGCAGCUCUGGUUGGCUUAGCCUGCUUCAUCUACGGCUUGUUAUCAAUGGAAAAUAACCAGACCAGCACUGAAAUCUGCGACCCUAACAUUGGAGGUCGGAUGAUCAUGUGUCCACUUUGUGAUGAACUGUGUGAUUACUGGAGACUGAACACCACAUGUUUGCAUUCAAAGUUCUCCCAUCUCUUUGAUAAUGAGUCAACCGUGUUCUUUGCGAUCUUCAUGGGGAUCUGGGUCACACUGUUUCUGGAGUUGUGGAAACAGCGACAAGCCAGGCUUGAGUAUGAGUGGGAUCUGGUAGACUUCGAAGAAGAACAUCAGCAGCUCCAGCUGAGGCCUGAGUUCGAAGCCAUGUGUAAACAGAGGAAGAUAAAUCCUGUGACAAAGGAGUUGGAGCCACACAUGCCUCUGUGCCAUCGCAUCCCAUGGUACUUUGUGUCAGGGACCACAGUGGUCUUUGGGAUGGCUCUCCUCCUCAGCAGCAUGGUGUCCAUCAUUGUGUACCGCCUGUCUUUCUUUGCCACUUUUGCCACCUUCAUGGAAAGUGAAGCCACUCUGCAGAACAUGAAGAGCUUCUUCACCCCCCAGAUGGCCACCUCUCUCUCUGGAUCAUGCCUGAACUGCAUUGUCAUUGUGAUCUUGAAUUUUUUUUAUGAGAGGAUAUCUGCCUGGAUUACAAAAAUGGAGAUUCCUCGAACUUACCAAGAGUAUGAGAGCAGUCUCACUCUGAAGAUGUUUCUCUUCCAGUUUGUGAAUUACUACUCAGCUUGCUUUUAUGUGGCCUUCUUUAAAGGGAAGCUCAUGGGCUAUCCUGGGAAAUACACAUAUAUGUUUAAUGUAUGGAGAAGCGAAGAGUGUGAUCCUGCAGGUUGUCUGGUAGAGCUGACAACCCAGCUAACCAUCAUCAUGAUUGGGAAACAGGUUUUUGGAAAUAUCCAUGAAGCCUGUCAACCCCUGAUUUUUAAUUGGUGGAGACGUCGAAAAACCCGAACCCAUUCUGAGAAACUAUACAGUCGCUGGGAGCAAGAUAAUGACCUUCAGGUUUUCGGACAACUUGGGCUGUUCUAUGAGUACUUGGAAACAGUUAUUCAGUUCGGGUUUGUCACAUUGUUCGUGGCCUCUUUUCCCCUGGCCCCCCUGUUUGCUCUCAUGAACAACAUUAUAGAGAUCCGCGUGGAUGCCUGGAAGCUGACGACUCAGUACAGGAGACCUGUCGCUGCAAAAGCUCACUCCAUAGGUGUCUGGCAGGACAUUCUCUAUGGAAUGGCCAUCCUUUCUGUUGCAACUAAUGCCUUCAUUGUUGCGUUCACAUCUGACAUCAUUCCACGGUUAGUUUACUUCUAUGCCUACUCAAUGAAUUCCACGGAGCCUUUGAGUGGAUAUGUGAAUAACAGCUUGUCAGUGUUCCUGAUAGCUGACUUCCCCAACCACACAGCGCCAAAGGAGAAGAAAGACUUCACCACUUGCAGGUACAGAGAUUACAGGUACCCUCCUGAUCAUGAGAACAAGUAUGCCCAUAACAUGCAGUUCUGGCAUGUCCUUGCUGCCAAGCUGAUCUUCAUCAUAGUAAUAGAACACGUCGUGUUUCUGUUAAAAUUUUUAUUGGCCUGGAUGAUACCGGAUGUUCCAAAAGAUGUCCUAGAGAAAAUCAAACGAGAAAAGUUAAUGACUGUCAAAAUUAUUCAUGAGUUCGAGCUCAACAAGUUGAAAGAAAACUUGGAUAUUGAAUACAAUAACAUCAUUAAGCAUGACACAGUGGAAGAUAUCAGAUCCCCGAGGGACAGAAUCCCCAUCUAAUCCACACACGAGGCGAGGCAUGUAGCUCUGUGCCCUUCUCUGUUCACUGUGGCCUCUGGACUUCUGGCUGGAUGCUGGAAUUCAUGUAUCCAUUUGUUUUGCUUUCUUUCUUUUAUUUUUAACUCGGAGUCUUUAUGCCCUACGAUAGAGGCAGGCAUCAGAAGAGAACACAGGUGGGCAUCAUCCACUGGGCUCUCCCGGGGUGUGACUCAUGGGGUCCUGUAAACACCUGCAGGUGGUGCCUGUGGAUUCGGAAUCUGGAAAAUCAUGAAGUGUUGCUACUUAGAGUGAAACACUGGUGUGGGAGAUGCUCUGUCACUUCCCAGGGCAACUGAAAAUCUUUGCUGUCUUCUGUUGAAUGUCUUCUGUCUCCCUCCCAACAAGAAAAGGGUUGUAUCAUAAAGAAAGCUAGAAAAGAGACCCACCAUUUCAUAGAACAUCUGCCAUUGUAAAAGCACACAUGUAAAGCCAAAAUCAGAAGAAGUCCUGAGAAAUCUCACCUAUUGACAAAUGCUGGGUAUAAAUCAUAGCAGGAGUGUGCUCUUGACAAUGUCAGGUGAGAGUUAGCUUCGUCAGAAUCCCAGAUAACCUUUCCUGGUAAAGGUAGAAUCAGUUUUUCCCUGAGACUAGAAGAAUUUUCAUGAAAGACUCUGAGAGGGCUUUUGAAGGUACUGUUUCCAUUUCCUUGACUAGCUUCAACAACAUAGUGUCAGGUGACUACAGGUUUCCAAGUGAAGGUACUGUGCAAAGCCGAUGUGUCUUCUUAGGAUCUAAAGAAUGCAAGAGAGUGCAUAGACAUUAUUCAAUGAUAAAGUGAAACUUUUAAAUUUCUCUGAAAUGCUGAUUUUUGCAUCAUGAAGCUUUUUUGAGCUCUAGCCAUUUGUAUAAGUUGGGCA